AUGUCAUCUUUGGAAAGAAAACUAUAAAUUCUAUAGUUAUAUAAUGAUCUUAUAUAUUUAAAAAUACGUGAAAAUAAAUUAAUAUUUAUAAUAUUGUACAUAUAUGACAAAAUUUACAUCCUCAUUUAUCAAUUAAAGUUGUUGUUAAUGGUAUCAGUAAUUUAAAUAAAAUUUCAAAUAUUUUUUAUGUUGAUGAUAGCAGAGAAUUCAAAGUACCAAAUCUUAAUAUUAAUUUAACCAAUAAGGAUAUUUAAAAAUUUCUUUAAAUAUCAAGUAAUUUUGAAAUAGAAAAGGUAAAGUAAAUUAAUAAAGCUGGAAUAUUUAGUGUAAAAUAAAUUGAAAAUAUUUUAAUAAUUAUAUGAAUGUUCUUUUAAAUUAAAAAUCAAAUUAUAAACAUAUUUUAAAUAAUUAUUAAAACUACUAAAGAAAGUAUUCAUAAGGCAUUAGUAAAAUAGAAAUAUUAGAAUAUAAAUAUAAAAUCAAAGUCAUAGAAUAGUCUUUAUAAAAGAAUCUUAUUAUAUGAAUUUUGAGAAAUAUUUGAUGUUGAUUUUAUAAAAAUAUUUAAUAUAAACUAGGAAAUCGAUUAAUCUUAGAUAAAUAUUGAAAAUAAUUAUGAAUUUGAUACAAAAUAUCUAGUGAGUAAAAGAGCAUUUGGGAAGGUUUAUAGAGGAAAUUUAACUUCAGAUAAUGAAGUAGCUAUUAAAAAAAUAGAUAGUUCUAUUAUCAAUAAGGAGCAAUAUUAAAUGAUACAUCAAGUAUCUAUGUAGAAUGAAAAUGUUUUAGACUUUGAGAUUCAAAUAAUGAAGUUACUUGAUCAUCCUAAUAUUGUAAGUUUAUAGAUAAAUUUAAUACAGAUCGUUCAUUUUAUUACAGUUAUAGAGAAUUGUGCAGAUGGUGAUCUUAAAAUAUUAUGA